UUGAAGUGAACUGCUGCCUGGGACUGCCCUACAAGCUGCAAAGUCGCCAAGCAUUUGAUUUUAACAGUAUAUUUUUCACAUUUCAUCCAUAUUCUUUCAGUGCCUCUAUGCAUCGUAGGGACGAUGUUAGGCCACCACUAUCCAAAUGCCGACAAGUCGCAACAACUGGUCAACUAUGUGGAGGAUUAUCUGGAAUGUGUGGAGUCCCUGCCUUUGGAUAUACAAAGAAAUGUUUCUCUGCUUCGCGAAAUUGAUGCAAAGUACCAAGAGGUGCUGAAGGAGGUGGAUGAAGUAUUUGAGAAGUACAAAGGUGAGCAAGAUGCAGCUCAGAGAAAGCGCCUGCAGAUCCAGCUGCAGAGAGCGCUCAUCACCAGCCAGGAGCUGGGGGACGAGAAGAUUCAUGUAGUGACCCAGAUGACAGAGCUGGUGGAGAACCGCUCUCGCCAGAUGGACUCACACUCACUUUGCCUCCAGGAACCGAGCGAGGCCGAGCGUCUCACUACAGAACGACGCUCCAGCAUCCAAGACUCCCCAGCCCCUGAACGCACCUCGGCGAGGCGACCUCGGCGCCAGCGGAACAGCGAGAGCCGUGACUCAAGCCACCCGUCAGCCAACGGCUCUCUGGUGGAUGACCCUGUGGAGGAACUGUCCAUCCCUCCGCCCAGAGAGAAGAAGUCCAAAUCUGCGAAGAAGAAGAAGCGCAAGGCCAAACAGGAACGAGACGCCUCGCCGGUCGACUUUGCCAUUGACCCCAAUGAGCCCACCUACUGCCUCUGUGAGCAGGUGUCAUACGGUGAGAUGAUUGGCUGUGACAACGACCAGUGCCCCAUUGAGUGGUUCCACUUCUCCUGUGUGGGACUCACCUACAAGCCCAAGGGGAAGUGGUACUGCCCCAAAUGCAGAGGGGACAACGAAAAGACGAUGGACAAAAGCCUAGACAAAAACAGAAAAGACCGCAGAUCCAGGUAGUGACCCUUCACUGGUCCUCUCUCAUCUGGAAGAUGUCUCUCUCAGACUAUCAGCUGUAGGUGAUAACCGUACUCGUGAUGUUGUAAGAGCACAAUCGAACACCAUUAGUAGCAGCGCUUAUUAUUAAUCAAGGACAAGUUAUGAUUGCACUUGUGCUGUUACAUCACUGAUUGUUCCAACUGGCUAUAACUGUAUUGUAGUCUGUAGGGAGUCCAGCUGCUGCAAGAAUCAUUAGCUUGAAGCUGCCAGCUUCCUCAAGUGUUUUGCUCUUUUUUUUUUUAUUUUUUAUUUUAUUUUUUUUAAAUUUGGACUUUGAAGAAAAAUGGAAGCAUCUUUUGGUUUACUGUCCCUACUCAUUCUGGAUAUGGUCCCAAUAAAAAAUGAUGGUCAUUGUUUUCUUAAGUUUUGGCCAAACAGUUUUUAUUCUUCAUUUGAACUUUCUUAAUUGUACUCAAUUAUUCAAAAUCAGUGUCUAUAAAAUAAUGGGGUGUAGAGAAUAACCCACACAUGUAAUAUGUUUACAAGAUAUUUAAUUGAGGAGAUGAUUGUUGAUGGGACACUGGAAAAGGACGUCAUGUUUGUAGACUUGAUGUUUUCAAUGGUUCACUAUCACUAUUGUGUACAUUUCUUUUUAUAUUCAUUAAAACAAAGUAUAGUCAUUGAG